AUGGGUAAUACAACAUCGGAAGUCGCUUCUGGCGUUAAAGCUCAAAUAAAUUCAGGUGGACAAGGACCUGAACUUUAUCGUUUUGUUGAUAUGACAGGUGGUGGUGAAUUCAUUGAAGUCAUGCGUGUUGCUAAUCGUACAAAAGAUUAUACCCACAUUGAUGCACUUAUACGUGAACAUAUUCCAAGAUUUCUUUAUAAUGAUGGCGAAGGAAAAUUGGUAACGAUUAGUGAAAUUGUUCGACGACGAAAUAAUACAUUUACGAAAGUUAAAAAUAUUGUUACAACGGCUAAACCACUCGAAGAAGAACAAGCAAACGGAGAAGAAACAAAACAUGUUUGUUGGGAUCUUGAUCAACGUGGUGGUGUUGGUGAACAAAUACUUCAUGUAUGUUUUCUAUCAUCAAGUCCUGUUCAUACAGCUUUAGCUAAAAGACUUUUAAGACAUUAUCCAAAAAUGAUUGAUGAUUUAUAUAUGGGUGAUGAAUAUUAUGGUGAAAAUGUUCUUCAUAUUGCUAUUGUAAAUGAAGAACCAGCAACAGUUAAAUUUUUACUGGACGCUGGUGUUGAUUUUACACAACGUUGUUGUGGAAAAUUUUUCUCACCAGAAGAUCAAAAAUCGAGUCGAGUGGAUAAUGUAACAAAAGAAUGUCCUGAUGUAAGUGUAGCAACAGAUUAUGUAGGUUUUUGUUAUUUUGGUGAAUAUCCACUUUCAUUUGCGGCUGUUCUACAACAAGAAGAAUCUGUUAGAUUAUUAACUGCUAAAGGUGCGGAUACAAAUUGUCAAGAUUCAAAUGGAAAUACUGCUUUACAUAUGUGUGUUAUAUAUAAUCGAAUUCCAAUGGUUGAUUUACUUUGUGAAUUAGGUGCAUCUUUAGAUAUUAAAAAUCGUCAAGGUUUAACACCAUUAACACUUGCUGCUGUUAAAGCUCAUAAAGAUAUGUUUGAUCAUAUUCUACAAAAGACUCGUAUUAUCUAUUGGCAAUAUGGAAAUGUAACUUGUGCUGGUUAUCCAUUAGAUGAUAUUGAUACAAUUGGAAAAGAUGGUUCAUUGAAUGAUACCAGUGCACUUAAUAUUAUUGUACGAGGAGAAUCAGCUGGUCAUUUAGAUAUGAUGGAUGGUUUAAUUGUUCAAUUAUUAAAUGAAAAAUGGCGUACAUUUAUAAAAUUUAAAUUUUUUCAACGUAUGGGUAUAUUUGCACUUUAUUUUGCUAUUUGUUUACUUGCAUUAAUUGUUCGUGGUUAUUAUCGUGUUCCACGAUCAUGUAUUGUUGAUGAAAUAAUUGAUAAAGAAGAAAAUAAAAUAAAAUCUAUAAUAGCUGAUCGUCCUGAAUGUAAAUGUCAUUAUACAAAAUUUUUAUGGUACACACAAUCAUAUGAUAAUACUAAUCAUACAAUCAUAAAUAUGAGUAUGAAAAAUAUUUUUAGAAAACGUCAAUUCGAACCAAUAGCAUUAGCUCUUAAUAUUCUCGAUGGUUUAAGCGUUCUAGGUUCAUUGAUGUAUCUCAUAAUGACUAUGCGUGAAUUUUCUUAUCAACAUUUUAAAUUAGAUUAUUUUAUUUAUGUUAAUGAUCCAACAAGAGUUUUAUUUCUUUUCUCUUGUUUAUUAACAGCAGCAAUGGUACCAGCUAGAUUAACAUGUUCUAUUGCUGUUGAUGAUAUACUUUGUACUUAUGCUAUACUUGCUCGAGCACCAUAUUUUUUCUUUUUUUGUCGCGGAUUUCGUUCAACUGGUCCAUUUGUUGUUAUGAUAUAUACAAUGAUUCGGGGUGAUUUAUUACGUUUUUGUUUAAUAUUUUUUGUAUUUAUGGUUGGAUUUUCUCAAGCAUUACAUGUUCUUUUUGUACGAAUUGAAUGUGAAAAUGAUUUUGCGACAGUUAUAAAAACAUUUUUUCGAAUGUUUUGUGUUACGCUUCAACAAAUUGCUGAUGCAUAUAAAAAUUUUUAUUUACAUCCUAAUACUGGUAUACAAGUUAUUGGAAAAAUUUGUUUUGUAACUUAUCUUGUUACAGCAGCUGUACUUCUUGUUAAUAUGCUUAUCGCUAUGAUGGGUAAUACAUAUGCAAUGGUAAAUGAACGAAAAAAAGAAUGGCUUCGACAAUGGGCAAAAAUAAUGUUAAUUGUUGAACAAUCCGUUUCACGAAAAGAACGUUUAGCUCAACAAUCAAAUUAUUCAAAAAAAAUGCCUGAUGGUUCAAGAAUUUUAGUCACAAGAUUAAUUCAAACUCCUGAUGAACGACUUGCAAUUGAAAAUAUGCGUGUAGAUUAUUAUCAUCAACUUCAAAAACAUUUAGAACCAGAAACUUUAUCAACACAAUCAAAAACAAAAUCAAAUAUAUCUAAUUCACAACAUAAUCCAGCAAUAAAAGGAAAUGAUGUAGCCAAAACAAAACGAGAUUUACUUCGUAAUCAACAAGGACAAGAUAGUUUUAAUUCACUUGAUCUUACUGCACAUUAA